AUGGUCAAGUGGCUGUUGGGAGUUGAUCUACUAUCUAUCCCCAACUACUGCUCCUUCUAUCAAGGAACCAUAGACGAACAGUGGAAAGCGUUUGGAUGGGCAGGAUGUGUAUUCCGGCGCGUGGAGACCCUCCGAAAGCCGACUGGGACGGGCUAUCAAGUCAGUAAAUUAGUGAUCGUUCCCCAUGCCCUCACAUUGGCUAAUGAUCUAGGCGGUGAGUGGUCGGGCCGGUCUUUUGGGGGAAUUCUGGAGUCCCAGCGAUCCAGAGGGCCAACUGAAAGGGGAAAAGAGGGAAAAAAGGGCUCCGCACACCGGAGCUCUUAUCGGCCCUCCCAAGUCGGAAGUCCCAUUGAAACUCCUGGUCGGUCGGCAGCCCGCGCUCCAUUUUGGCUGGUUCUUGGUCUCCAGAAAAAAAGUGCCGCAUUGACUCAUCGCCGUUUCCCGCACCUUUUCUUUACUUCUUCGUUUCCCGUCCCCUCUCCAUCUUCUUUAGCCAUUUCUUCCUUCACUCUAAUUCUCUCCCAGAAUCCAAAAAAAGGUCCGCCUGGCCAAUUCAUCUCCCUUUAA